CAAUUGCUCGCUCGCACGCGCAAACGCCGCCUCUUCCUCCUCCCAUCCUCCCCCCGACAUUCGCCGCACCCGUUUCCCCAGAUCCCAAGGAACGAACCAGCCCACACCUCUCGCCGCGGCAUUUCCUCGAACAUCCCGCGCGCGCGCGGGCGCCCCGCCGCCGCCGCCGCCCAUGGGCUCCCUCCCGGUUAACGCCUCGCCGGAAUUCGCCGCGCAGAGGCGCGCCACGGUGUCGGCGUCGGACCUGGCGCCGCUCUUCUCCACGCAGCGCCGGCACCUGGACCACUUCUUCGACCGCCUCGACAUGUCGCAGGCGGCGGCGUUCGCGCAGGCGCUGCUCGACGCGCCCGGGGCCGUCUUCUUCACGGGCGUCGGCAAGUCCGGCAUCGUGGCGCGGAAGAUCGCGCAGACGCUGGCGUCGCUGGGCUUCGCGCGGGCCGGCUUCCUGGCCCCCGUCGACGCGCUCCACGGCGACAUCGGCGCGCUCUUCCCCGGGGACGUGCUCGUGCUGCUCUCCAAGUCCGGCGCCUCCGACGAGCUGCUCGCGCUCGCGCCCUGCGCGCGCGCCAAGGGCGCCCACCUCAUCUCGCUCACCUCGGCGGCGUCGGGGGCCGACUGCCCGCUCGCCGCCGCCUGCGACCUCAACGUGCACCUGCCGCUGCAGGGGGAGGUAUGCCCCUUCGGCCUCGCGCCCGUCACCUCCACCGCCAUCCAGAUGGUGUUCGGGGACACCGUCGUCGCUGCCAUAAUGGAGGCGCGCCGACUCUCCAGGGACCAGUACGCCUCCAACCACCCCGCCGGCAAGAUUGGCAAGACCCUCAUCUUUAAGGUUAAGGAUGUUAUGAAGAAACAGAAUGAACUUCCUCUGUGCAAGGAGGGAGAUAUGAUAAUGGACCAACUCACAGAGCUCACCAGUAAAGGUUGUGGGAGUCUGCUUGUGGUUGAUGAAGAGCAUCAUUUGAUUGGCACCUUCACUGAUGGCGAUCUCCGCCGUACAUUGAAGGCAAGCGGGCCAGCUAUUUUCAGUCUCACAGUUGGAGAGAUGUGCAACAGGAAUCCAAGGACAAUCACCGCGGAUGCAAUGGCAGUCGAAGCCAUGGAGAAGAUGGAAUCACCUCCUUCACCUGUGCAGUUCUUGCCUGUUGUCGACGACAACAAUGUCGUGUGUGGGAUCAUUACACUGCACGGAUUGGUCUCUGCCGGAUUGUAGACUUCUGUGGUCAUCACCUUCUGCUGGAUUACAUGUUUUUUGUACCAGCUUACCGGGUUCUUAAUGAUUCAGUUUGUCUGCGUCUAUUUGGCUCUAGGCUGCCAAUUGCAUGUAUUCUUGCCGUUCAGUUUAAACCUGAACGCGUUUUGUUGCUACGGUAUCAUGUGUAGCUGUCAAUGUACCCUUAUGUAUAGUGUUUGGUAAGAGGAAUACGCUCCUCAAGGCGUUUUAUCGCAACAGUGUCACGUGUAGCCUAGACUGUCAGUUUAACCUUAUGUGUAGUUGGCUGCUUGUGUAUGUGUCGUACCCUGUUCUGUAAAUGAUUGUGAAUGUUGAGACAUUUCAAUGCUGUUGAGCAAGCAGAAGCUGUAGCCCCACAAACCUUAUUGAUC